AGAAGAGAAGCCGGAUCGCACUUUCACUAGAGCACCUUCCGUGAAGACCGAAUACACGCAUAUAUAUAUAGACACACUAGAUCUAUGUCAAGUGAGAGCGCCACCACUGCAGGCCCGUCCUCGACGGCGUCCCCUGUCAUAGAGAGCAAUGAAGUCAUCGACAGCUACCACCAGCUCCUCCAAGAUGGCGUCAAGCUGCAGAAGGAGCUGGAGGCCUACUACCUCCGUCAAGAGGCGUACAUCCGCAGUCGCGUCGCGGUGCUCGACGAAAUGCAGGAGAACAUCGCUGAUGAGCGUCGUUGCCUUGAAGUUCAACAUCAGGAGUGCCGUGCGCAGAUCAGCGCUUCCCGGAAGCAAAGCAGCGGGCUGCUGUCCGACGAGGAAAAGGUGAUGCGCGCGGUGCAGCAGACCCGUCCUACGCUGCAGGCGCAGGGGGAUGAGAUGGACCGACGCCUGAAGGAGCUGCAGCGGGAAAAGGAGACGGAGGACGCUGCGUUGAUGACCGCCAUGGCGCGUCAGGACGCCCUUCGAGACGAGGAGGCAUCGCUGACGUCUCGUGAGCGACAGAAGCAACGGGAGGAAGAGGAGCUGCAGCGGGCGCUGGCGGAGAUGGGUUCGCUUCACCGCGAGAUGGAGGAGCGCAAGAAGUCGCUCAUGCGCAAGCACGAGACGGUCGCGCAGUGGGACCGCACGCUAGAGUCACGCGAGCGGGAACUCACACGCUGCCAAGACCAGCUGCAGGAGGAUUUGAAGCUGUUGGAGAUUGACGAGGCAGCCCUCGGCAUACACCCGAUGCAGCGACACGCGGUGGCCCCCGCGGUGUCGCAGCGCACAGUGAUGGAUGACCACGACAUGUCCAUCGACCACGACGGCGCCUGUGAAGAGAUCGAUUACGAGGAGUAG